CUGCACAACGCCAUUACCUCCGCGUGCUGGAAAAUGUCCUACGCCGUUGAAACGAAGAAGCGCAAGUUUCAUCGAGUUCUCGAGUCCCUAACCAAACCGUCAACCUCCGACUCAACAAAAUCAGCCGCCGCCGAAGCGCCUACAACAGCUCGAGACGCAUCGAACAAGAAAGCCCGUCUAGAUGCGCCCAACUUCUCACUUGCACGAAACUCACUUCUAAAGGCCGCACGCCCCAGCUCCAGAGACUCUUCGGUAUCGUCAACCUCGCGGCCGAGUUUUGUUCCUUGGGAUCGCGAACGUUUCCUCGAGCGAUUGGAAACCUUUCGUCGCGUCGACAGAUGGGCACCCAAACCGUCAGCAAUUAGUGAGGUAGAAUGGGCCAAGCGCGGCUGGGUAUGUACGGAUGUGGCCCGGGUAACAUGUGCUGGGAACUGUGGUGGGUCGGUUGUUGUCAAGCUUCCGGAUGAGCUGGACGAGUUGGAUGGGUUCGAUGCCGACAAGGUGCAAGAGAGGAAGGAAGUUCGAGCCAAGCUUGUGGAUGAAUACGUGGAACGACUGGUCAAGGGGCACGGAGAGACUUGUCCAUGGAGGAACAAGGGCUGUGAUGCUACUAUUCAUCGAUUGCCGCUAGCGAACCCCGACAUAGCCAUUUCCGGCCUCGAAAAGCGAUACUCAAACCUCGUCAAGAUGGCCGAUCAAUUGCCGGCAGCAGACGUCAUCCACACGCCCGAGUCCUUCGAUAUCGAAGCACUCAUUAAGAUACUUCCAGCGAGCUUUAACGGUCCUGGAGAAAGUACGCGCAUGGAAAGCAUUGAGAACAAUACUGAGGGUGAAAACGGGAAAGAGAACGCACAGAACUCUGAGCCUGAGCCGUUUGUUCCUAGGAACGCUUUCAUAUUGGCAUUCUUCGGCUGGGACUCUGUCCCGGACGGGACAGCUGGUUUGGUCGGCUGUAGCGUGUGCUUCCGGAGAUUGGGCCUGUGGAUGUACAAGCCAAAGGCCAACGGGGAUGAGGCUCUUUACGACUCUUUGGAAGUGGUGAACGAGCAUAUGGACUACUGUCCUUGGGUGAAUGGGAAGGCUCAGAGUGGAACAGGCCGGGCCACCGAGAAACUAGAAGGCCUACGUUCCGGUUGGGAGCUGCUGGGCCAGGCACUCAAUGUGCGCCAUCGUCGACUGAAUCGGUCGACCACCUCGGGAGACAGUCGUGCUGUCUCUGAGGUACCAUCCACGGAUGAGCCCGUGGUGGACGAUGUGAACCCAGAAGUAAAAAAGGCCAGUGACCGGGAAUGGUGGGCCAAGUUACGCCGCAUGCGACAGGUCUUGAACGUCAGUUCGCCUAGGAAGAAGCCGACUUCUCAGUGAUAUUUUUCAUCAUUCUGUACUUCUGCACAUGAUACUCCUCAUCUGGUUGUUAAUGCAGCGUGGCGUUUGGGCAUCAUGUCUAUCUUCUCGAUAUCCUUCAUUCCUACAUUAGUUAUUGCUAUAGCGAGCCUUUGUCAUCCGCCUCGAUAAAUUAGAAUACAGCCAUACUCAAUCAGAGAAAGAUCGGAGA